UGCAGUGGGAAUUGUGGUAAUCGCAAUAAUUGAGCAACUCUGUGUGAACAGCUGUUAGCAAAGGCAACAAAAAUACAACACGUGCAGUUGUUGAAUUCGGACUUCAUUUGUUUAUUUUUAAAUUUCGUACUAGAAAAUGGGCAAGCAAAAGAAAACCAAAAAGAUACAAAAGCAGCGCAAUGGUCAACUAAAGCGUCUGUUGAAGCCAACCGAUUCCCGGAUUAAAGAGCAAGUACGCAAGACUCGGAAGAAGGCCAAGGAUCCGCAUGAAAUGAAAGUACACGAAGCCACACAACAAAGCUCGGCACUCUUCUUCCAAUACAACACACAACUGGGGCCGCCUUAUCACAUUGUGCUCGAUACCAAUUUCAUAAAUUUUAGCAUCAAAAACAAACUGGAUAUUGUGCAAAAUAUGAUGGAUUGCUUGUAUGCCAAGUGCAUACCCUACAUAUCGGACUGUGUGCGUGCCGAGUUGGAGAAACUGGGCAACAAAUACAAGCUAGCCCUGCGCAUCAUCUCGGAUCCACGAUUUGAGCGUCUUCCCUGCUUACACAAGGGAACAUAUGCCGAUGACUGCCUGGUGGAGCGAGUGCGUCAGCAUAAGUGCUAUAUUGUGGCCACCAACGAUAAGGAUCUGAAGAACCGUAUACGCAAGAUACCCGGAGUGCCCAUUAUGUAUGUGGCUGCCCAUAAAUACGCCAUUGAGCGUAUGCCGGAGGCUUACGGCGUGAAAGCUUAGUUCUACAUAAGAUUAAUUUUACUGUAAACUUGAUAUAAUUUUAAAUAUACGUUAAGUGCUGAAAUCAAAUCUUGUUUCUUAUAAAA